UAGGAGGGAUAUAAAAGCUGAUGACAGGUCCUGACAUUUAUUCUGUUUGCUAACGAGACAGACUAACGAAUACACCUAAAAUGAUUUCCAAGGCCGUCAUCAUCUGCACCCUAGCCUUCAUUGGACAGGCUAUCAGCGGGCCGAGCUCCUACAAAGCUAUCUCCCCCAAGCUAGCAAGCUCUUCUAGCUACUCUUCCGGCAGCUGCCAGUCCAUCGCCAUCUCCAACAGCGGUGGUGACCUGCUCAUCACCGCUCUCGGCCCCAUCUCGCCGUCCGGCAUCGCCGUCGCCACCGAGCUGGGCCUGGCGGGAGACUUGGAGCUCUCCGGCGAGGUGCCGUACCUGACCGCGGUGGAGUUCAAGGGCCAGUUCGACACCAGCGGCUCGGCGGGAGUCUCGUACGGCUGCGGAGACUGCGUCGCCAUCACCCAGGAGCUCGGCAACCCGAGCGGCGCCAACGCCAACAUCAACUCUGGCUCCAAAAUCGUCAGCUGCGGUUGUUCCAAGUACUAAUAAAACAUUUUUUUUUUUACA